AUAAAGUUAACUCAGUAAUUGUGAAUUUCAUUCAAUACGUGAACAAGCUCCUUUACCGUCCAAAAUGAAAACUCAAGUUGUGAUCUUGUUGUUUGUAUUAUCAGCUGUUUUGGCGAGGUGUCCUGCAGAUUGGGAUCACUACAAUGAUAAAUGUUUCUUCCUCAGUCGUGACAACGAAACAUUCGCUGGUGCUUUGAAACUGUGCGAAGUCAUUGGUGCCCAGUACGGAAGAGUCGCCUCCCUUGCCACUGUUGAUGACGCUGGAACGCAGAGCCAUCUUGAAGGCCUUGUUACAAAAACAAGCAGUCUUGAAUAUUACAUUGGUGCCACUGAUAUAGUCCACGAAGGGACGUGGGUCUGGGUGUCAAACGGACAAACUGCCACAUACACAAACUGGGGACCCUUUCAACCCAACAACAGAGGGGGUGCCGAGAACUGUGCCGGCAUCACUUACGAUAUACCGAACGGAUUUGUCGGACACUGGACAGAUAAGCCAUGCACCAAAGAACUUCCUUAUAUUUGUGAAAUGCCAGGUUAUCGCAAAUACUUUGCCAAGACCGACAUCAGAGGAAACCUGGCAUAUUGUUUUGAAAAUAAACUGUGCGAAGUCAUUGGUGCCCAGUACGGAAGAGUCGCCUCCCUUGCCACUGUUGAUGACGCUGGAACGCAGAGCCAUCUUGAAGGCCUUGUUACAAAAACAAGCAGUCUUGAAUAUUACAUUGGUGCCACUGAUAUAGUCCACGAAGGAACGUGGGUCUGGGUGUCAAACGGACAAACUGCCACAUACACAAACUGGGGACCCUUUCAACCCAACAACAGAGGGGGUGCCGAGAACUGUGCCGGCAUCACUUACGAUAUACCGAACGGAUUUGUCGGACACUGGACAGAUAAGCCAUGCACCAAAGAACUUCCUUAUAUUUGUGAAAUGCCCCCUUCAGACAAAUGCAAUGCAUCAGGGGAAAAACCUGUGGUCGCUUUUGCGAGGUGUCCGGCUGAUUGGGAUCACUACAACGAUAGAUGUUUCUUCCUCAGUCGGGACAACGAAACAUUUGCUGAUGCAUUGAGCUUGUGCGAAGUUAUUGGUAAACAGUAUGGAAGAGUCGCCACCCUUGCUACUGUUGAUGAUGCUGGAACGCAGAAACAUCUAGCAAAUCUCGUUUCACAUACAAGUAGUCUUGGUUUUUACAUCGGUGCCAAUGAUUUAGUUCAUGAAGGAACGUGGGUCUGGGUGUCCAGUGGACAUGCUAUAACAUACAACAAUUGGGGACCCACUCAGCCCAACAACAGAGAUGGUGCUGAACACUGUGCCGUCAUUACUUACGCACCUCAGGACGGAUUCGUCUACCACUGGACAGAUGAACCAUGCACCAACCAACUUACUUACAUCUGUGAAAUGCCGUUUGAUAAUGUGAACGCUCCCGUAGUCGGAUAAAGAACCCUUCAUUUGUUGUUAGUUAUUGUGUUUUAUGAAUAAUAAAUUCAAAUGUUCUUUGUU